GAUACAUGGACCGACUUCAGUAACUUCAUGAGUCACAAACAUGGACUGUAUAAAAGAAACCGUGGCAACGACAAGCGUGUCCAAGCCGUGUUCAGCACUUUUUAGUGUCCUCUGGAAACACUUCCAUUGUCGUUUUGUGUAUUUGUAGCGCACGUGUUAUCAAAUUACUGAAGAUCUUUUCUUAAGUUGUGUUUUGUCUAUUUGCAUGGUUUGCUUAAGUUGCAGUGCGGUUGCCCUUGUCGGUAGCCAUACAAACCCGUUGCAUUUAGAAACGGAAGCCGGAAGAGGACAAUCUGCAAGUUGUCCAGUGGGUUCAGUGAACCCUUUCUGUCACUUCGGGACAAAUGUGUUCAGCGACAGCGCGUUAGUAGUCGUCUUCAGUAAAUGGUCUCGACUGAUGUUGACUGGAUAUAGAAACCUUUCUCUGACAUUUUCACUCAUCUAUAGAAGAGUUUGUACCAGGAAGAGCUUGACCUCACGGGCUGCUCUCUACUCUGCCUCAACAGUUGUAUCCAUCCCUCUGUCUCUCCCGUCACCGACUCGCAGUCACAGCUUCUUGACAAGCCAACCGACCUCAGUCCCCCUACACUUAUCUUCUACCCACUGCCUCUCUCAUUCUGCUCACUGUUCAGCCCUGAUGGAGCUAAAAGAAGUCCUGCAGGUGUUGGAGCAGCUUGCUCCUCUGUCUCUGGCUGAGUCGUGGGACAAUGUUGGUCUGCUGGUCGAGCCCAGCAAAUCUCGGCCUGUUAAAACCAUCCUGCUAACCAUCGACCUUACAGAUGAUGUCAUGGAGGAGGCAGAGGCCAUGAGCUGUGACCUCAUUAUCUCAUAUCACCCUCCAUUGUUUCGGCCAAUCAAGCGUCUGGUUCAGAAAGAUUGGAAGCAGCGAUUGGCCAUCCGGGCUUUGGAGGCCAGGAUAGCGAUCUUCUCCCCUCACACUUCUUGGGAUAGUGUGAAAGGAGGAGUAAACGACUGGCUGGUCGGGGGACUUGGUAGCGGUCAGGUAUCUGUGCUGAGUCAGGUCCUCGGUGGUGCCUCCCACAGUCACAAACUGGAAUUCACGGUCAAAAGCACAGAGGAACUCAACGCUGUUGUGGAGGAACUGAAGGCUUGUGACAGAGGAACAACACUACAACAUUCAGUCAGCAGACCAGACAGUAGUGGGAUCCAUGUCAGCGUAACCUGCAGCGACUCAGCGCUGACCCCCAGUGUCCAGACCCUGUCCAGACACAAUGCUCCUAGCCUGUCCCUCACCAUCCUAAAGUUAGAAAAGCCCCCUCUCCCGGGCUAUGGCCAAGGGCGACUUAGUGUUUUGGACCAGCCAGUAACCAUGGCAACAGCCAUUCAGAAAAUGAAGUCCCACUUGGGUUUGAGUCACCUGCGUUUGGCUCUGGGAUUGGGGCAGACGCUAGAGUCCUCUGUGUCUACUGUGGCUGUGUGUGCUGGAUCUGGCGCCUCAGUACUGAAUGGAGUCAAGGCCGACCUCUACAUCACAGGUGAGAUGUCCCACCAUGAAGUGCUGGACGCCGCGGCAAAGGGAACUAGCGUCAUCCUCAGUGACCAUAGCAACAGUGAACGGGGUUUUCUGGCUGUGUUCAGGGAGAAGCUGGCUGUGCGUCUUCCUGACAGUGUAACAGUGGUGGUGUCGAAGGCUGACAGAGACCCUCUGGAGGUGGUCUGACCGACUUUGAGCUACAAUUGCACUAGAUAGUCUGUUGGAUACAUUUUCACUGUUUUGAUUGGAUAAAAUUGACGACAUUACAAAAGCACUGACUGCUUUUUCUAAUGGAGCGAUUGAAAUGGAUGUGCGUGACAUGAUUGCAUAAAAAACCCUAUUUUCCAUGCAGGCCCUUUAUGUAAAGCUAUCUAGUGACCGUAAAACAGUAGCACAAUAUUUCAGUGUAUCUGCGCCUCAUGUAAUGAUGAAAAGUGCUUCCUUGGUUCGUGUUGUACUCUUUAUCAUGUAUUUCUGGCAGGGGCUAAAUAAAAUGGGUUCUGGCUGAUCAAAAAAA